AUGGAUCAUCAGGGCGAACUCGAAGCGAAACGCAAGCACGAUGAAGACGAAUUUUCCGAAGGGAUUGAAUCGCAGGAUGUAUCUGAGGAAAUAGCGGCGGUUCCAGUCAGCAUGGAAGAGGACGACGACGAAAAAGGCGAAGAAGCGGAAGGGCUUCUCCUAGAGGAACAGAUUCUAGAGGAGAAAGAAUCAGACGAGGAUGUGUCACAUUCGUUGGACAGCAUGACUGAGUGCGGCAAGGAAGAGCAAGAGACCAUAUUAGUAAAGGAAAUGGAUCAUCAGGGCGAACUCGAAGCGAAACGCAAGCACGAUGAAGAAGAAAUUUCCGAAGGGAUUGAAUCGCCGACAAAAAGGAUUAAUGUCAAUGUCGAGUCGCAGGAUGUAUCUGAGGAAAUAGAGGCGGUUCCAGUCAGCAUGGAAGAGGACGACGACGAAAUAGACGAAGAAGCGGAAGGGCUUCUCCUAGAGGAACAGAUUCUAGAGGAGAAAGAAUCAGACGAGGAUGUGUCAUAUUCGUUGGACAGCAUGACUGAGUCCGACGAGGAAGACGACGAGGAAGGCGACGAAGAAGCGGAAGAGCUUCUCCUAGAGGUUCCAGGAGAGAAGAGGGGUGGGGAAAAUAUCUCCGAUUUCUCCGAUUCUGAGGAAGAUUAG